CUUCUGCGCCUCACGCUCCCCCACAACACCACCAGCACGAUUUUGCGAUGCUAUCGCAAGUGCGCACCCACAUCCAAUCAUGGUGGCAGGAGACACCCUUACCAACAAAUAAUACAGCAACGCCCCGUUUCCAGAGGUUGCACAACUUGGACCAAGACCAGUGGUUGCCUUCACCAGCGAUAAGACCUUUCAGCCUGGCGUCAAACACCAAUGGGCAGGCUCCUUCCGCCUCGUGAGUUGGAACGUGAACGCAGAUGCACCGCUGCCAGAAUCUCGUAUGUCUGCACUACUACAAGUCAUCAAAACCACAGGAGUUGCAGAUGUUAUUUUCCUGCAGGAGGUAUCAAGAGAAGGUCUUGCAGCCCUACUUGGCGACUUCUGGAUACCGCAAAACUGGUACAUAAGCGAUGUCGAUGCCUCGGCUUUUGGAACCCAAAAGUUCAUCAGUAUCACCCUGGUAUCUAAGCUUUGGGUUACCACCGGUGAUAUCCAACUAGGCGCCAUCUGGAGGGUCGCGUUGCCUAGUCGUUUUGGACGAGACGCGCAGUGCUGCGAUUUGAUCCUCAACUCUUUGAGCAAGCAAAAGUCUGGGAAAAGGCCAACCCGUAUUCGACUCAUCAACGUCCACUUGGAUUCGAUGCCAAUUAAUCCGUCACUCAGGCCACAUCAAGUCUCCGUCGGCGCAUUGUACCUUCGUGCGGCUGGUCAUGGGAUCAUCGCCGGUGACUUCAAUUGCGUUCUUCCAGAAGAUGACGACCUUGUCCGCACCAACGGUCUUAUGGAUGCGUGGGAAGAGCUUCAUCCAGAUGAUCCAGGCCACACUUGGGGUAUAUACGGUGAACAGUCUUUCCCACCAAACCGGCUGGACAAAGUUGCUCUGCUGAACCUUAAUCCUUCAGCCAUGAGCAUCCUCCAAACGAGCGAGUUAGGAAUCUGUGGCGGAGAGAUAUCGGUCGACGUAGCAGGAUCAGGGUCGAAAGCGCUUUUCAGCGAUCAUCUGGGUCUCUGGUGUGACGUUGGGUGGGCAGAAGACCGAGCACAAACAGAACGAUGUGGUGGUUCAACAAAACGCUAAAAUUAUCGGAUCAUCAAAGUCUCCGGAC